GUAGAAUAUUUGAUAUGUAAUUAUGCUCUUAACGUCUCAUAGUUUUAUAGCUUUCCUUUGUGUUAAGAAGAAUAAGAUCGAAAUAAAAAUCGAAGAGAACUAAAAUGAUUAAAAAUAUAAAGAAUAAGUUAUCAUGAUGUUUAAAUCAUAAUACAUAUAUUACUAAUUAUUAGCAAAACGAUCAUAUAUGACCGCAUGUGCGGACAAAACACUAGAAGGAUAUUUUUAUAAACUCAAAUCUACUUGUUACACCGGUGGCGUACGUGAUUGACGUAUUUAUAAAAUUACAGGUGGCAUUAUGUUAGUUUAACUCAUACCUAGGUUAUGAAUUUGACGUGGCAGCCUAUGUAUUACAGGUGGCGUAGGUAACUAAAACAAAAAAUUUUUAAAGGAGGCAAAAGAAAAAUAUACUCAAAACUGAGAAGCUAACGGUUUCUUCUUCGCUUCUCUCUCUAUUGCUAACAGAAACUUCCCGCCUUCUUCUUUUUUUCCCCCAAUUCUCGAGUUUCUAGGGUUUCUAGUUUCGCGCUUUCAAUGGAGGAAUUGACGGCAGCAAACGCCGAUACUCUGAGGCUGGAGUUAAAGAAGACGAUGACGGAGAUACUCGACGUCGGAGGCGUAAGCGAAGAUCGCAGCGAGACUGACGGAGCCUUGGUAGCAGUUGACGAGGCGGUUAGAAUCCUGAAUCGUCUGAGGGAAGUUGAAUCGAAGAUGCCGGACUCUGAUACUUCUUCGUCUUCUCCGGCUUCUUUGCUCGAAGUGCCGAAAGAGUUCAAGUGUAUGCUCUCGCGUACGAUCAUGAGCGAACCUGUCGUCAUUGCUUCUGGCCAGACUUAUGAAAAGAGAUACAUCCAACAGUGGCUGAUGUAUAAAGUGACAUGUCCCAAGACCAAAGAAGUCCUCUCUCACCGUUUGUGGUCACCCAACCAUGUGAUCGCUGAGUUGAUUACGCAAUGGUGUCAAGUCAACAAGUACGAUCUGCCAAAACCAUCUGAUGCACCCAUUGGACUAUUCCCUGAUGACAUUGACCUAUUGCUUCACAGGAUCUCCUCUCCCUCCUCAGUUGAAGACCAGACAGGAGCUGCGAACGAGCUGCGUCGUCAGACCAAGAGAUUUGCCGAUGUCACGGCCUUCUUUGUCGCUGAAAUCCCUGAUUCCAUCACACGGUUGCUCACUCCGCUCUCUGCUUUGGGCGAGGCCAUUGACUCGAACCCGGGCCUUCAGAAGAAUAUCAUCACCGCAUUGCUCUACAUCUCGAGUCUUGAGGAGAACAAAACAGCAGUUGCUCAGCACCCUCUUGCGAUCCCACUGCUUACAAAGUCACUGAAGCAGGGGACAGCUAAGACACGAAGAAACUCCGCAAAUGCUUUAUGGGAACUUUCAAAACUUGAUUCUAACAAGAUCAUCAUCGGGAACUUAGAGACACUGGAGGCUUUGGUACAUGUUAUCAAAGAGGAUCAUUUCACUGCCGCCAUAGGUGCCGCUUAUGCUGUUUUCCAACUCUGUUUCAUACCGGAGAACAGGGACAAAGUCGUUUCAGAAGGUUUGGUUCCCGCGCUGAUCAACAGGAUUAAAGAACGAAGCUAUGUGUAUAUCUACUUUGCUCUCUUGUCGCUUAUGACUAUACAAAAAGGGGUGAUUGAAGAAAUGGAGGAUCUAGGGUUUGUCGAUGAUAUGUGCAGUAUCUUGAGGAAUACGAGUUGCUCAGUGACUGAAGAGAACGGUGUAUCGAUCGUCCUCCUUCGCAUGUGCGGUCUGAACACGGGUGACAAAGACAGAGAGAGGACUAGGCUGAAACUGAUCAAAGAAGAGGAGGAUAAAUACUCGACAUUUACAAAGUUUGCAACGCAAGGAUCACAAUGUGCAGUGGCAGAAGCAGAAGCGGUUUUGCAGUGGAUCAAGAGGUCCGGUACAGGUGAAGAGCCAUAAAGGGUGGAUGAAGGGAACCACCACACUCAGGUCUUGUUGAUAAAUAAAACGAUUAGUUUUGCAAACUGAGUCUUGGUGAUGCAUGUAAAAAUUUUAGAAAGAGGGAAAAGUUGUAUAGGUUCUGUCUGAAAACGGAAAGUGCGUAAGGAGGGCCUGACUUUGCCACUUUUAAUUGACGUGUGCUGUUUCUGUUUCAUAUUCCGGCUAGUGAAAAUCAUCCGAGAGGAUUGCGUGAGUCCCAAGUCAUGUGGUUUUCUCGUGUAUUCUUCCAAAUGCUAAGCUGUGCACUGUCCCAAUCAUGAAACGGCAAACAC